AUGUCCAAGCCUGUCUUCGUCCUCCUUCACGGCGCAUGGCACAGUCCAAAAUGCCGGAGCCGUCUCAGCGCCGAGCUUGACAGAGCCGGAUGCAGCUCCGUCGCGCCUGCGCUGCCCUCAUCGGGAUCCACGCCUCCAACGCCGGACUGGUCCAAAGAUGUCGAGACAAUACACAAGACCGUCUCAGAUCUUGUGCAGGAAAACGACGUCGUCGUUGUCAUGCACAGCUUCAGUGGGAUGACUGGCGGCACCUCCCUCGAGGGGCUGGACAAGCAGACUUGCUUAUCUAAGGGGCUGAAGGGCGGUGUCAUCAGACUCGUCUACAUUGUCGCCUUUCUUGUGCCCGAGGGAUUCCAGCAUUCCCCCCGGGGUACCCGCGACAAUAUGAUUCCUGAGAUGAGAACUGACAUUAAAACGAGUGCUAAUAUCAUCACGGUGCUCCCGGAGGACGUCAAGGACAUGUUCUACCAGGACUUAGAUGACGAGACCGUCGCUGAGCUGCGCAAGGACCUCCGUCCACAGAGCUUCGCCUCCUUCUGGAGCACUACCACUCACGCUGCGUGGCGGUAUAUCCCGACCACGUAUGUCCUAUGUUUGAAGGAUAGGCCGACUACUGUGGCUGCGGCUCGGUACCUUAUUGGAACGGCCAAGGCGAGCGGGAGGCAUGAAAUCGACAAUGCCGCGCUGGAUGCGAAAUACAAGGCGUAG